AGUUCUGUCAGCCUCCUUCUUCAUCACUCCUCUCUGCGCUGAAAAGAAGCGCAACUAAAUAUUUCUUAAGCGUCUAUCAGAAAUAUUUCAUUCAGAGUGAAACUAUUUACUGAGGAGGAGCAGAAACUUUGCUGACAGCCUGGAAAGACAAUACCUUGAAGCCCCAGCAGCGUGCCCAACAACGUGGUGGGGUUGCCAGCCUUUCUUCAAAGGGAAGAGAUGGAAUCCAGACUCCAAGUUAGCGGCGGGAUCCUCCAGGGCCACCCUGGCCACUGCCUUGCUCUUGUGUUUUUCUGGAAGACAACAUGAGACCCAAGCCAACUCUUCUGGUACAAUCCCACACAGCUAAGAAGGCUGGGACUCUUUCCAGUUUUCUUUAAAUAUCCAGACUGAUAGAGGUUUUUUCACCUCCGCUUUUUUGUUUUUUUUUAGGACCGACAUUUAGCUGUUGUUGCAGUGAAAUGUGGAUAAUAACACAGCUUGGAUUUUAAAUUCUCCUUUUUAAGCUAAAUUGUUUUUAUCAGUGUGUAGUCUCUUUCCAUUAGAGCAAUUGUAAACAAGAGAGUCAUCAUGCCCAGGUCAAAAGCAAGACCCAAGUCGGCACAGGAAGACAUGUAUGAUGCAGAGGAGGCUCAGUCUCUGUAUUUGCAAAAAUGUUCAGAAAAGAGAUCUCCCCUGAGCAAAUACAUCGAGGCCGAGCACCAGCAAGCAGGACUCUUCUCUCUGUCUUCGUUGGAGGCCAUCGCUGACCUCCAGAAGAAGAGGAGGAAGAAAUGUGGCGCCUGCGUUCCCUGUCUUCGCAAGGAGAACUGCGGUACCUGCAGCAACUGUCUGAACCGCAAGACUGGCAAACAGAUCUGCAAGGAGCGUAAAUGUGAGGAGCUGAAGAAGAGGCAGAGUGACGGCGAUGCCAGCGAGGUGGGAUUUUCUGAAGACAAGAGUCACGGCUGUGUUGAACCCCCUGAAGUAGCAACUCAGACUGCUCACAAAGUCACUACAGUGGAUGGCCUCACAAACGGAGGCCAGAUGGAAAUUGGUUCACAUGACCGCCUCCAGGAAGGCACGUUGAGCCUGGAACUGGCCAAUGGGGUGAACCCCUACUGUAAUGAUGAUGAGGCAUCUUUGAAACCAGACGGGCAGAGGACAGGAAGAGAGCCUGAAAGGCAAUGCUGGACACCAGGACAGAGCAAGGUCAAUGGCAGCCAACAUCAGCAAUCAUGCUUGAGCAGCAGUGGUAGAACCUCCCCUGCUGAAAGGAUCCACCAUGCAGAUGUGGAAGAUGCCCAGAAUCUAAUGGCUUUUUCUGUUACUGCAAGCUCUUUACCCCUUUCUUCCGCUUCAUCUUGCCUUGUUAUCCAGCCUAAAAUAGCCCUAUUAUAUGAGAAGUUCACUCAAGAGACAUGUGCUGAUGGCGCUCAUUCCAGAGUGUCUGCAGGAGCUCCUGAAACAAGCUGCGAACCUCUGGAAGAUCUUGACAUCUUAAAAACAGCCCUGAGCCAAGCUAAACAUGGGGAGAAGCCCCCCAAAUGCAACUGUGAUGGGCCUGGUUGUCCAGACUACCUUGAAUGGUUGGAGAAGAAAAUUAAAUUAGCAACUAGAAGGGAUCACAGAUCUCACAAAAUAGUUGGUGAGGCCCCACAUUUGGAACAACCCCAUUCGCAGUCUCAGCCUCAUACCUAUCAGCAAGUGAAUGGUAUCCACCACAUGUCCAAUCAAUGUUUGGAGCAGCAGGAUGUCAAUCAAUACUCUCACCAAGACCAAGUGUCCUCCAAACCCCCUAUCCCUUGCUCCCCCCAGGUGCUCUCGAUAGCCAAGGAAAAGAACGUCAGUCUUCAGACCGCCCUUGCAAUAGAAGCAUUGACACAGCUAUCAAGCCCUCUAAGAGUCAGUUCUCCGGGUCAAACUUUCUUUAGAAAUAACUUCCAUAACCAACAAAACACACAAAACAUCACACCUAAUUUGAUCUCUUCCUCACUUAACGACAACUCCUCAUCACAAACCCAGUCUGUCCCUCCAGGAGUACAUAACAAUCAGCAGUCUCCAGCCUCAUUUGAAAACCAUAGACCCCAGUCACAGGGCCAUCCAGCCCGUGCUUCCCCUCUCCCAUCUUCUACCUCUCCCUUCCCAAGUCAGGUCAAAGCUGCAGGUUUCAAUUCUAAUCCUCAGCAGUGGACACAGGGCUCUGAUAGAGGUCCUGAACAGAGGCAUACAUUGAUACAUUUUAAGUCUGCAACUGCUCCCCUAAAUUACUCGGACCCCAUGUCAGAGCUUAAACAGCUUCUUGGUGACACAAAGUUCAAAAAUGCUUCUUUUAAGCUUCCACUCUCACAGCAGCUUAACUUGAACCAGAAUGGUGGAAUUCAUGUCCAAGGUAAUCAAGUGUUGCCCAGGGUUAAACAAGAGCCAGACUCUGGUGAGCACUACCAUCACAACCCCCAAAGUGGACAUUAUGGAAUGUCAAAUGGUCAACAGCAGCAGCUUUAUCCUGGAAAUCUUAUGUCUCCAAGCCAAGCAGCCAUAAGUCAUUGCACUCAAGCAGCUUUGCAACAACACCUUCGUUACAAGAGAAAUCUGUUUCAUACUCACCCUUCUAGCUUUGGAACACCAGGCGCUCGUGCACCUAUGACUUGCCAAGACUUAAAGAAAUGGUGGCCACAGAUAGAUACAGAAGGUUUACCCCCUCUACCAGUCAAACAGGAACCUAAAAGGAGGAAAACCUCCCAAGGAUCUCCCAGUAUGCUUAUAGGUCCUCCCCAACCCAAGCCCAAACAGAUUAUCAUUAAGAAGAACAAACAGAAAGCCUCCAUGCCAACCUUUCUCCCUCAGACUCAAAUUGCUGUACAAAAAACAUCAAAUCAGAUGGUUGACAGAUCGCCAUCCUUGACAAAUUUGCAGAUAUGCUCUCUCCCCUCUUUGGCCCCCCUCAGUACAUCCACUCAGGCCUUUGCUGCAGGUCUCCCUGCCCCAGAAAAAUCUCAGGAAUCUAUUUCCAACACCUCACUAACUCCUUCUUCCACUGUUACAUCAGAAAAUGCUCCAGCUCUUAUGGACCUUUUGUCCACACCUGUGUUUCCUGCAGCUAUCACAAAAUCACUAGGUGCAGGCAUCAGCUUAACCUCCACUAAUACCUGCAGUGCCAUCCCUGUGACCUCAAGUCCUUCCAGCACCACACAACUGGAGAAAGUCAUUAACAUAGAUCCAAAGUUUGAAGAACUGAUUCGCCAAUUUGAGGCUGAAUUUGGAGACACAUCAAUGAGUCAGCACAAGGAGAAGAGCACUUCAACCCCUAUCCCCGAAAAUCCAUCCAAGAUUAGUCCUCAGGGCCUCAGUCCUACAUCAUCACACAACACCCAGUCUGUUUCCUCAAUUUCUACUCCUCAAGCCAACACCACACCUCAUUCAGAUGAUCAGCAAAUGCAGUUCAACAAGAUUGAAUCAGAUACCCAAAGUGGAUUAACAGAUAGCCAGCCAUCCACAGAGGGGUCUUUGGGCAAUCAACAUAUGAGCCCCGUUGAUGUUUCGAUGAAUCAGGAAACCAAUUUGGUCAAGCAGCAGCUUCAUCGAAGAAUGCUAGAGGAUGUGUUGGGCAUACAAGACUCUCCACUCCCUAAAAGAAUUAAAAUUGAAGCCUCAGGAGAAUUAGCGGUACUGUCGACCACAUGCUAUUCUGAGGAGGGAACACCAAUAAAGGAUGGCCUAAAUUCUUCACCAUCUCUAAAAGGCUUUUUGGACUCCCCCUUGCGCUACCUAGACACACCCGCAAAGAACCUGCUGGAUACUCCAAUCAAGGACCCACAAUUAGAUUUCCCAACCUGUACAUGUGUUGAACAAGUCAUUGAGAAAGAUGAAGGGCCAUACUACAAUCACCUGGGAUCAGGACCUACAGUAGCCUCGAUACGCAGCCUGAUGGAGAUGAGAUAUGGAGAGAAGGGGGAAGCCGUCCGGAUUGAGAAGGUGGUUUACACAGGCAAAGAGGGAAAGAGCUCCCAUGGUUGUCCAAUUGCCAAGUGGGUGAUUCGUCGAAGCAGUGAGAAAGAGAAAUUGCUGUGUCUGGUGCGUCAGCGUGCUGGCCACCACUGUGCAAACGCAGUCAUCGUCAUCGUCAUUUUAGCCUGGGAAGGCAUCCCAAGAGCCCUGGCAGACAAGCUUUACCAUGAGGUGACAGACACCCUCACAAAAUAUGGCAACCCCACCAGCCGACGCUGCGGGCUCAAUGACGAUCGUACCUGUGCCUGUCAGGGUAAAGACUCAGAAAAAUGUGGUGCUUCCUUCUCAUUCGGCUGCUCCUGGAGUAUGUACUUUAAUGGCUGUAAAUACGCCCGAAGCAAAACACCACGCAAGUUCAGGCUUCAAGGAGAUCAUCCUGAAGAGGAGGAGAAACUCAGGGAUAAUUUCCAAAAUCUGGCGACGGAGGUGGCUCCUUUGUACAAGCGACUGGCCCCACAGGCAUACAGCAACCAGUGUGCAGCAGAGCACCGAGCUCCAGAGUGCAGGCUGGGUUUGAAGGAAGGCCGUCCGUUCUCUGGAAUCACAGCUUGUAUGGACUUCUGCGCCCAUGCUCAUAAGGACCAGCAUAACCUGCACAAUGGCUGCACAGUGGUGUGUACUUUGACUAAGGAGGACAACCGAAAUGUAGGGGGGAUCCCUGAAGAUGAGCAGCUCCAUGUGUUGCCACUGUACACAGUAUCACUUACAGACGAGUUUGGCAGCGCAGAGGCACAGCGCCGCAAGAUGGAGACUGGAGCCAUACAAGUACUCCAAGCUUUCCGUCGUGAGGUACGCAAGUUACCCGAGCCUGCUAAAUCUUGCCGACAGCGUAGGCUGGAUGCCAAGAAGGCUGCCUCAGAGAAGAAGAAAAAUAAGCUCGCACAGCAGGCAGGGGAAACACCUGAGAAAACAGUGAUCAAGACUGAACGGUGCAUCACCAACUCUCCUCACGUAUUGGGCAAUAAAGAAAUGAUAAAACAGGAGAUGAAGCCAAACAUCAAGAUGGAGCCCCUUAAUGGAUCAAUAGACGGAUUCCCUGUGCAGGCGUCAGACCCAUUCAAUAACAUCUAUCAGAAUCCUGCCUACUAUGCAAGGGGAGCCCAUUCCCCAGCAGGCCAGCCCUCUACCGCAGACACAGUAAAUGGCUACCACUCCGAUUUGCCAGCAAGACCCUAUGGCUACUACAACCAGCGCCGAAAUACCCUUUUUGGGCCUGGGAUGAAGACGUAUAGUCGAAGUAAACAUUUUGAUGCAGAUAGAAAGUCUGACCUUCAGAGCCCUCAGGGCCAAUUGCAUCAGUCUUCAAUCAGCCACCCAGAGCAAAACAACCAACAAAAUAAUAGCUCUUAUAGCCAGCCUGCAAACUAUAACCUGUCCCGUCCUUCUUCUGUCUCCUCUGAGACCUCCAACAGAAGCACACCACUCAUCAAACAAGAGCCCAUGGAUGUGCCAGUCUAUGAAGGUGCAUUACCAAACCAGUCGUGUGCCAAUACAUCAAGAAGCACCCCUCAGCCUGCGCAUUGGCCUGGUUAUAAGAUUAAUGGAAGCAUUGUUCCAAAUAACUGGGAGGGCCAUAUAAACCGUGGACAAAGUCCUGAUGUCUCCUCAAUAAAUGUAGACAAGCAGCAAUUUCACCAGCAUGCCCAUCAGCGUCAGUCGUCCCCUUAUCCUCCACAGUGGGUAUCCCUCCCUGGCUCAACCCCCCACAUAGCCUCUACCAAUCCAACACUCCAGGUACCUGAAUCUCCACCUUCAUCUCCUCACCUUGGCACUGGGUUCCAGGAUAACCUUUACCGAGGCUCCAUUUGCCACAGUGCUCCUUAUCCGGGUACACCACAACCUCUUACCUCACACUCAGGUUCAAUGACUCCAAAGCCUGGUACCCCAGGUCCAGGCACCAUAGUCACUGGCAUUCCAGGUCCACCCAAUUCUCGCACUGGAACCCCAGGUCCAAGUACCCAAGGUUUAAGCACUCUACGACCAGGCACUCCGGGCCCAUCCACCCCUCGCACUGGAACCCCAGGUCCAAGUACCCCAGGCUUAAACACUCUACGACCAGGCACCCCAGGUCCAGCCACCCCAGGCCCAAUGACCCCAGGACAACCUACCAAUAGGCACUGGGCUAGUCCUGCUCCUAGCCCUCAGCCAAAUCCUUGGGGUAUCGGACCUGGAGCUUAUAGCCCCGGUUUGAAACACAGCAGUGUGGCAGGAGCCUAUCCUGAUAAGAUGUGGUCAAAGACUGGGGAGAAUCGGUGUUCCACUCCCCUGGGGAUCCAAGAAAAGGCCUGGAAAUCUUGUGGAGGAUCAUUUGCCGGCAGCACCCCAUCCCCUGCACCAGAGGGUCGCCUGUUCCCUGAUGUGCUGCAACAGUCUGAUCAGGCCCAUUACGACCCCUGUCGAGCUGAGAGUGACAUUGAAAGUUCAAAACAUCGUGAGGAAGAUGAUGAGGUGUGGUCUGACAGUGAACACAACUUCUUGGAUCCCACAAUCGGUGGUGUUGCAGUAGCACCAGCCCAUGGUUCCGUCCUCAUAGAAUGUGCCCGUCGGGAACUACAUGCUACCACUCCACUUAAGAAACCUGAUCGUACCCAUCCCAGUCGCAUUUCCCUGGUGUUCUACCAGCACAAGAACCUUAAUCAGCCAAUGCACGGCCUGGCCGUGUGGGAGGCCAAAAUGAAGCUGUUGGCAGAGCGAGAACUACAGAGGCAGCAGGAAGCAGCUCUCCUUGGCCUCUCCCAGGAAGACAUCAAGGCACACGGGAAGAAACGCAAAUGGGGGUCUCUGUUGGCAGGUGCUAGUCCAGGACCUGGGCAGUCUAAAGACAAGAAGGACGGCCCAGUGACACGGUUAUCUCACACGUUCUACACGACCUCUAUGGUAACUGUGUCUCCCUAUGCCUUCACUCGUGUCACUGGGCCCUACAGCCACUUUGUCUAAGGGCAAGACAGACACAGAAAGACUGAAAGCCCUAAAGUGGUGCAUUGGACAAGUAGGGAAGGCAACAAGCAAAACGGAAAUGUCUGUUUGCUGUUUUACAGUCUGGCAUCUCUCCAUCCAGCCCUCUUCAACAUCUAUAAGGAGAGGACGUUUUUAUUGUUUUUACCUCAUGUCAGGCAGUGGUUUGGGCUGCAGACACACUGCCUGUGGUGCUCUUCCUCUCUCAUUUCUGGAGAGGAACUCCAUUGCUUUUUUUCUUGUUCAUAAAAUUUUAAUGAUUCUAAUUAUUGCUAUUAUUAUGAUUGCUAUUGUUACUGUCAAUGUUGUUAUUACAGGUAUUAUUAUAAUGAACACUUGUUUUUUAUUGCUGUUUUCAUUAAUGUUAAUAUUAAUGGGAUACUUGUUUUUUUUUUAUUUUUUUUUUAUAUUUUUAAUCAGUACCCCAAGUUGCUUUUUCCAUGUUUGAAAAACAGUACCCAUUUUUCCUGUUAGAUUUCCUUUUUCUUUGUCAAUUUAAAACUCUAUCUAUAGGAGAAGCACUAAUCUGCCCAAUCAGACAGAAAAGUGAUAUUAUAGAAAACAAAAUUGGCCACAUGCAUAAAUAUGGAUCUGACCAAGAUAUCUUCCAGAAAUUUAUAUCAUAACAAAAACUCCUAAGAGUGAUUUAAAGCCCAAAGUUAUUUAGUUUUAACCCUGGAAUAGUUAAGUCCAGUCUCUUCCUCUGAAAUUUGGCUGGAAUUGUUUUUAUAAAUUAUUAUAUACUUCUUUGAAAAACCUCCUGAAAAAAUAGGUUUCCUUUACCUGUGAGCACAGAAAAGGCAGACUCACUUUUUGUCUGCUUGUGGCUAGGUUGAUGUGCUCCUCCUAUUUAUCUGCACUCCAAGAAUUUUCAACUGGUGCUCGACUCUGGAUCUGACCAGUUUUCCAUCAGCUUCUCUUCAUGGCACUUGAUGCUGUAUUUUGGUGCUCAAAUCUGCCUCGACUAGUUUUGGCAAGGGGGAUUUGUUAUUUUUGACAGGUGUUAAUAUAGAGGUCUCCUUUUUCUUCACAGAAGUGAAAAUAAGAAAAUUUGCAAAUGCUUUUCGAGUCAGAUCAGCAAUUUCCACAUAGGUUUGAUGUGAGUUGUGCUCCUUAUCUUCCUACGUUUAUUAGGGAUAAAAAGUUUCCAGAGUGAACUCUAGAGGGCAACAGGGACUGCAAAUUCAAUAAGCACUUGAGGUUCUUUCAGAAACAAGUGAAGCCUUGCUUUGCUGCAUUAACCAUCCAAGGCCAGUAGAUGGGGUCCUCCUCCCCUGUUUGCUGGCCUUUGGGAGACAGCUCAAGCUGAUUUUGUUGUCCCUUCUAGGAACAGGUGUGGCUAAAGUAUGGCUAUGCAUAUGGAAAGCUAUUCCUAAUCUCCAAGAGAAGGAUUUACUGAUUGGACUGCAGUGGGCUUGGUGCUCUUACUCACAUUUUGGUGCUGUCCUUUUAAACUUGAUUUACUGCAGAGAGCCCAGUCCUUCCUCUGUAUGGUGCUGUCAUCACUGGGCAGAACCAGGCAAGUCCUUCAAUAGGCACCUUGUUUCCACAAAGCCAGCCAUCAAAUAGUUUUUUGGGGGUUGCAGCUUUGCCACUGGGCUCAAGAGUUGGUUUCUGUUGAGGUGUUUUUAGUGUUUACCCUAGCAGAAAGAAACAGAGCUACAUUGUCCAGGGCAAAGAAAGCACAGGUAGACCUGACACACCUUAGUAACACAUCAGCAGUGCUAUCCACUGAGAGAACAGAACUGAGAGGCAAACUGUAAUGCAUUACUGUAGCUUCAGGGAGUAGGAGCCGAAUGCAGAUCAAAUAAUCUCUCACUUUGUGUGCUGGAGGUGUAUGAUAGUGUUUUUCUGGAAGAACGGCUUUAUACCCAAAACCAAAGAGAGAGGCUACUUGAUAGCAUUGUCAGAGUGCUUUGAAUCACUUAUCUUUUUCUUCCUACACGAUCCCGUAGUUUACUUAUUGAAAAUGAUAACGAGUGACCUACAACUCUAUAGAAGUUGUUGUUUUGGUCAAGACCCAGGUGAAGGAUCCUGAUCCUUCCCCUGAAAGGCCUCCAGCUCUCUACCUCAUGCUGUAGAGACACUGGUCACGAUCACAACUUGCUACUGAGGGCAGAAAGUCCUGCAUGUCCCUUUGUGUGCUCUAGAUUUCUACACUCAUUUUAAACUAGCUUUUUUUACUCUUAUUUAUUACUACAUUGUGAUGAUGAUGAUUGUCUUUGAUGUUAUUUCCUUUUUAAUUUUUUAUAUAGCUAAUACAAAUUGUAAAUAGAUAAGAAAAGAUUUAUAAAAGCACUUUUAAUCUUGAUUUUAAAGACAAAAGAAAGAACCGAUUAUUGACAACUUGAAGCCUAGGUUUUUCUUCUUUUUGUUGCUGUUUUCAUUUUCUCUAGAGAGAGAUACAAAAUGUAAAUAUUAAACUAUUUAGGUAAGAUUAUUUAACUGGUGAGGAUAGUAACUAAAUCAUAAUGACAUAGGGGGUAUGCUAAACUCUCAGCAAACCCUUUACAACACUUGCUCUUGAUGUGUUGUGUAUAAACUUUCCCUCAGUUACACUGCUGUUGUUUUCAUAAGUACUGUACCCCAUAACAGCCGGUAAUGACAGAGUGUCAUUGCUAUACAGAAGGUAAUUCAUAAGCCCAGGUAAGUGAUGUGUGGUAUCUGACAGUACCCAUUGUGGAACUUACUUCCUUAAUAGAAUACAAUUUAAACUGGAACCCCUGGAUUACAGUUUUGUGCCCACAUAUAAAGUUUAAUUGACCAACUUUAUCUGGAUAUUGAGCAUGAGGAGAUCGAACUUAAUGACAGCAAUGGCUUGGAUCAGAAAACAGUGUUUUAAUGAGAUAAGCUAAAGCCUGCUAAUCACUCCCAUUUGAGUCAGACCAUCAGGCCAGGUGCUGCUGCCCUGCUUUCGUAGAUAUGUCUCUAAUUAACUCCUCUGGUGUUUCUUAUAUUCUAGGAUGCAUACAGCGGGAUUAGGAGUUCCACCGGGGCUGUUUUGCCUUUUUGAGCAUAUGACAUAAACCACAUUAUACUAUCCUAAUGGUGCUGAGGAUGUUGUGUCCCACAUUUCUAAUCUUACUUUGUAAAUCUCUUAAUGUCCCACAUGUUCUGUUGGGGGUUCUCACAAGGUGGGAUAUUUUGUGAUUGGGGAAGAACACAGGUCAGACAGGUGGUGCUAUGAUGUUAACACCUUAAAAUUCACUGUGUAAAAAAAAAAAAAAAUUUGAAUACCACAAAUAUUUUUUUUUCUGAGGUCUUUGAAUGUCAAUAAAACUGUAUUUUGAAUCCAAGCAGUUUCAUAGUUCAGGAAAGAUUCCCUUCGGUGCUGGCUUUAUAUAAAAGUCUUUUGUUACAACGCUACAUCUCUUUCUGACGCCGAUCAUGUUAUUCAUUCCACAAGUAUACUUCAAGCCAGUGAAUUUAGGAUGAGAAGUAGAAUCAGAAUAUAUGAGGACUGUUAUUUGGGGUUUAUAUUUGGUACAGCGAGUACCAAAGUCUAUUAGAGUAAUUUUUUUGAGGAUGUUGUAAAUGUACAUGUUAGACGAAUGCUAAGGUUUUUGAACAAUCCCGGAAUUGUGUACUGCCUGCCUCUUUAACUCCCUUGUCAUGCACUUCCUUUUCCUCAUACCCAUCUAUUACUGCUAACCUUAUACUAUAGUUUGAUGUUCUGAAUCACUCACGGACGAAAAACAUGCAUCUCAUUUUCUUUGCCCUAUUGCUAGGAAAUAGAAACACCCAAUUCUCCAAAUAAGAAACAGAGACUUGAACCCUGGCCCAGAUGAAAAGUAAAAAUGCACCUACAUAAGUGGCAGCUACAUUCCUUUUUGAUUUGUAGGAUUGUUUUUGGUUCUUUUAUUUUUGUCUCAAUGAUGCAGUAUGUAAAAAAAAAAAAGAGGUGUUUUUGUUGAGUCUCUUUCUCCCUCUCUUUGUAGCUGUAUGGUGUAUUAUGUGAAUACAUAGUGUAUGUGGUUGGAAACCCCACAAUAUUGUUUUAUGUUGCGCGACAAAUAAAAAAAAAAUAUUCAAAUGAAA